AUGAUUUGGAGUGUUGAUUUUCGAGGUUCUCACAUUGGCAAGCUGGUCCGUGGGUACUACCAGCUUCGGCGAAGAGAUUUGGUUGACGGGCUGUGUUGGGACCGAAGGCUUUGUAGCUGGAGCACGGGUUGGCAAGGGAGGGCCUUGGUGAGGCUGAAAAUUGGGUUGGAUGCAGGAAGGACCGUGAGCUGGGCCCUUGCCGAGUCCCCUGGUGUUCCAGCUUAA